AUGUCAUUCAAGAGUGGCUUGAAGUCACCUCUGGUCCGGUUGUACCUCUGGUUCACACUCUGCAUCUUCCUAAUCUUGACGUCGAAAUUCACCACUCCCAAUCAUGAUUUAUCUUCGACAUCACUGACAUUCAUCACAUCGACUCUUGCAGCAACCGUCAUGCCCACUCGUGCCGAUGAUUUUGUCAAUUCCAUUGGUGUGAACACUCAUCUCUCCUAUGUCAACUCGUGCUAUUACAACUACUUUGAUGAUUUUGCGAAAUAUCUUCUCGACUCUGGAAUUCGUAAAAUUAGAGAUUCACUUCGAAAUGGACCUCAAUGGUAUUUCGAUCAUCACAAUUAUUUAGGAAUGAAUGGAAUUAAGGGAAUAUUCUUGACCGAUACUCCAACUCGUACUGCUGAUUUAAUUCGAGGCUAUCCUCUCAAAGUUCCAUACAUUUUCGAACUCUAUGAAGGAAUUAAUGAAUAUGAUUUGAGUGGUGAUCCCAAUUGGGUUAAUGUCACAAUCAAUUGGACGAAAUUCUUGUGGGACAAUCAUAAUACAAGUUUUCCAGUGCUUGCUCCCUCUUUGACUUCCUUACAGGCCUUUGAAGCUGUUGGAGAUUUGAGUCCAUAUAUUGAUUUUGCAAACAUGCACAACUAUUAUGGAACUUAUCCUCAGACACGAGGAUGGGGACCUCAGACUCUUUACGGAUUUACUGGAACUGUUGACUACUUUAAGAAUUUAACUUCAAGUGUUCAAGUGAAUAACAAAAAGCCUGUGGUGACAACAGAAACAGGAUGGCAAACUCGAUUGGGUCCUGUGAUGUAUUGGGUACCUGAAUUGAUUCAAACGAAAUAUACAUUACGAUCUUUAGUGUUGCAAUGGAUGAAGGGCAUUGAAAGAACCUAUCUCUAUGAAAUGUGUGAUGAUCGAGAAUAUUAUGGACUUUUAUAUUAUAAUUCAACCACGAAUAGUGAACCACCAAAACCUAAACCUCUCUAUUAUGCAUUGAAGAAUAUGAUCUCUGUGUUGGAGGAGAAGCCUCGACAACCAAAAUUUGCUUUGAAAGAGUUAAGUUUGGAGAUGAAUCCCAAUUCGACGACGAAUUCCAAAAUAUAUCAUACUCUCUUUCAGAAGAACAAUGGAAAUUAUUAUUUAGCCAUAUGGCAAGAGGUAUUUGGAUAUGAAGGGGAGUUAUCUUUAACACGACAUCCACUGUAG